GAACCGUCGCCGUUAUCACUUCUGAUGGGAGAAUGAUUGUGGGAACACUAAAAGGUUUUGACCAGACUAUUAAUUUGAUUUUGGAUGAAAGCCACGAGAGGGUAUUCAGCUCUUCACAAGGAGUGGAACAAGUGGUAUUAGGAUUAUACAUCGUGAGAGGUGACAAUGUAGCAGUCAUUGGAGAAAUUGAUGAAGAGACAGACUCUGCACUGGACUUGGGGAACAUCCGAGCCGAACCUCUGAACUCCGUAGCACACUGAAGACACAGUGUGUGGUUAGAUGUCUGUAAAUCCUGUACAGAAACUGCGUCUUCUGAAGAUGACGUUUAGAUUUUUUUAUGAGUGUGUAAUUGUGGAUUUUGACUUUGUGUUGGUACAUUGUAAUAUGUAAAUUUAAAUAUUUCUACAUUUUUAUUGGGAAACAUUGCCUAAAUUAAUAAAUGCAGUUGCCUGAUUUAUUUUUCUACUAAAUGAUAGAUCAUUUUGAAAACUUAGAAAAUACCAUUACUUUUGGUAAUUUAAUAUUUAUGGAAAAUUGGCUGUAAAGAGAACUUAGGUUAUUAUAGUAACUUAUGCAUGCAAGUAAUAGUAAUAAGAGACACGUUUCUUUCUGUGUUGAGCUGUAGAUGUUUAUCCCACUGCCCUAGAGUUCUACAUUGGUUGAAAAAUUGCUCUUUGUCUAAGAGAUGUGAAUUAAAAAUUGGUUGAAUAGUGAAAAACUUGCACAUUAAAAUUGCAACAAAAAUUAAUAGGAAAGUAAGAGUGACUAGGAAGAUGUGGAUAAAUCUUCAGAUGCUCAGGAAGGUCACAGAAUUCAGUAUCUAAAACCAAUUCCAUGUAUGUUAAAUGCCGUUGGACUGCUGAAACCUACAAAGAGAAAUGGGGAGUGUCAGCCAUUGAACGAGCUUUUGUUCAGGGUGGGUGUUGACUUAAAUGCAGAGCUGUGCUUUGCUGUCUCACUCCUUCACGUGCUCCAUGAAGCUGCUUUGGUAACCUUGACUUUUCAAAGAAUUCAUGGAAGUGGUGAUGGAGAUCAUAUUUAUAUAUGUUAAGCAUUCCCAGAACUCAUCUGUUUCCUGUGUGGGCCAAAAUGGUUAUCUUUGGAUAGACGAGAAAAAAUGUGUACAUUCUUGUAAUUGAAAUAAAACUCAUCUUUUUAGUGUUUUCCAUUUUUUUAA